AUGUGGCAUGUAGAAGUGAGUUAUUUCAUCAUUAACAGACUCUUUAAGUUUGCUUCAAGCAAGACUACAAGCGGCAUUUCACUGAAUGAUGCACUUAUGGUAGGUCCAGUACUACAGCAAGAAGGUCUGUCAAUAUUAAUACGCUUUCGAACAUACGAUUACGUGUUGACAGGAGAUCUUGAAAAGAUGAUCUUAUGGAGAGAAGACUCAUCAGACAACAUUGAAACAUAUGAGCUACUCACGCUGACAUAUGGAACACCAUCGGCUUCAUUUGUGGCCACGAAGGUGAUACAACAACUAGCAAAGUUGCAAGUAUAUUCAUUCCCGAAAGGAUCAUUAAUAGCAUGCAGGGACUUUUAUGUCGACGACCUCAUUACAGGUGCAAACAGCAAGGAAGAACAAGCGCUAGAUGCAAAAUCUGAAUCCAAGGACCAGUUAUUAGAAUUGGACAAGGAGGGAUCUGCAAAAACGUUAGGCAUCAAUUGGAAUCCAUCUAAGGAUUUAUUCCAGUAUCGGAUCUUGAGCGAAACAUCACACAAAGCCCAAUAUGCAUACAAAGAGAUCAAUCUUAUCACAAAUAUCUCAAAUAUUCGAUCCACUGGGACUGCUAGGCCCGAUCAUCAUAACUGCGAAACUCAUGAUUCAGCAAUUGUGGAAGAUGCAAUUAAAUUGAAACGAAAGUUACAAAUGUUAAAGGAACUUAACAUACCACGAAAGAUCGUAACUAGCGGUCAGGACAUUCAUAGAGAAAUCCAUGGAUUUUGCGACGCAAGUGAGCGUGCUUAUGGAGCUUGCAUCUAUAUGCGCAGUAUCAAUGCUGAAGGCACCAUUGAGGUGCACUUAAUAUGUUCCAAAUCUCGUGUAGCUCCGGUCAAGGCAUUGUCCAUACCCCGGUUAGAGCUUUGUAGAGCACAAUUAUUGGCUCAGCUCAUGGACAAAGUUGAUCGGAGACAUUCAGGAAAUAACGUCGAUCGAGAACUGGAAGCAUGUCGGGAGCAAAAUCCGGCGGAUUUGGUCUCACGAGGCAUCAGCGCCAAGGAGUUAGUAAAUUCCCAACUUUGGUGGGGAGGAUCCCGUUGGCUUCACGAUGGAAAUCUACCAGAAGACCAAUAUGAGGCAAUCGAAUACGAUGAAAGUCAGCUCGAAGAACGUGAUAGAUCAAAGGUUGCAUUAGCUAGCGAUUUGGAAACCAAUCCAUUCAACAAAUUCUCUACCUUCAACAGGCUUGUCCGAGUGGCAGCCACAUGUCUACGCUUCAUACAUAACUGCAGAGAUAAACAAUGUGGACUUUUGACAGUUGAAGAGCUACAAGAAGCUACAAGGAGAUUAAUAAAAAAAGAUCAAGAGCUCACGUUCGACAGGGACAUCAAGGAUCUAAAAGACAAAAGAAUCAUAUCAAGUCGAAGCAAUUUGAAACCAUUAAAUCCAUUCAUCGAUAAAGAAAAUAUAAUACGAGUUGGCGGCAGACUCCAACGUUCCUACCUACAUUCGGACGUUAAACAUCCAUGUCUAUUGCAUCAACGAUCACAUUUUACGAGGCUCAUUAUCGAGCACGAGCAUCAAAGACUUAUGCACGCAGGAAUAGAAGCAACUCUAGCCGCGAUACGACUUAAACAUUGA